GCCGUUCAAGAAGCCACAAGAAUCCAAAAACCGUGCACCUUGGUCACACCUCUUACAAGAUCAAGACGCAUAUCGAAAAAUCACAAAAAUCACAAAAAUCAGAAAAAGAUGUCAGAACGACCCCCGAAUUACCGACCCGGUUCGUGGCAGUGCUGCGCCUGCAAAUACGUCAAUAUCCCCGAGCUGGAUGAGUGCGCGAUAUGCUGUGCUGAAGGGCGAAGGCACUUCAAGCUCGCUCCUCCCCGCCUCCCGCUCCCUCGCAUGGGCGGCUCCCGGCCGUGUCCACUCUUUCGGGCCGGGGCCGUCAGGGCCUCGCCAACGCGAACGCACCCAGCAGCAGCUGCGACGGACCGAGAAGACAGCCGCGUCCAGCUCUCUACAAAAACCCCGCGGCGCCGAGGCCGCCCGCGGAAGCAUGUUACCACUACCGACGACGACAUCGACGCCCCCGCGCACGCCCUGCCGAAGAGGUACUGGAUUGAGAUCUCCUGCCUCGACCCUAGCCAAGCGCCCCCAGGCCGGCACGCGCAAGCACAUCGGCAACACACCCGUCAACAAACUUCUGUUCCCGGAACCAACAGCCCGUCGGUCUACGAGAUUGCCUUUUGAGAACGAGGAAGAGGACGACUUUGUGCCGUCCGAGGAUAACGCGGACCCCUCGGGCCAUGACUCCACGCACAAGAGGCGCCGGCUAAGCCAUCGUGACGCCAGUAGCCCUCCUUCGACGCCCAAGUCAUCAUCCAUCGCCAGACGAAGUCUUGGGCAAACGAUUAUCUUUUCCCCCCACGAUCCGAACGCAAGAACCAUCGGAAAUAUCGAACCGGACCGGAGUAUGAUCAAACAGCUUCUCGAGCUGCUCGAGGCCAAGGUCAAGCUUAACGAGCAGGGCAGACAAGACAAGCUGGCUGCCUGGGACGAGUAUGAUAGGCUCGUCUUCAACGCGGCCCUUUCCUUUUUUCCUAUGGCAUUGCAACGUCUUCGCUUGUCACUAAUCCUCGCCUCGGGCGCCAGCCGGGUUGGCGACGUCAAGUGGGUGUGCCUCCACGAGCACUAUCUCCACCUCUGUCGCAGACACAGAGACGCAAUGUUCAAAAGCACCUUGUUAUUUGCAUUCGAUCCUCUUCACCGCUAUCCCAGGUUGGCACAACUCUGCAUGGGCGAGGCAGUCGACGACAAAAACGAGCUCUAAAAGCUUUUGAUGCAACAGCUCGACGAAAAAACGUUUGGCCAGGUCUUCCCCCACGUCCGAAAUGUCAUCGAUUAUCCACGCACUGUUGCCAGGAAUGGCCAGGGCAAAUACUUUGGCGAGGUUAUGUUUUGCUCGCUGAUAAAGAUGCAGCUUGGCGUGUUCGUCCAAGAGCUACCCCUAAACCGGGAAGCCGUCAACGGCCCGAGCCCGCUGAGCCCCGCGGACAGCAGAGAGCGAUGGAAGGUCCGACAAGGCGGUCCGAAACAAAGCAGAGGCGGAUUCCGUCGGGCGGGCUUGUCUGGAUUGCUCCCAAGACGUCACCGCCGACUCUUUCGAGUGCUGCGAGCCCGGCGACCGUCGACCCACGGCUCCACAAGCCAAGGUCCCCGCCGCAGUCGACCUUGUCUCUGCUAGCAAGAGCGCCUUGGUAGUCUUUAGAUUGGUGUUAAACCCCUUACGCCCGAGGGGGUGCCGAACGGGGGGCAUUUGCAAGAGCGCGUGGCCGACAACCGCAGAGCAAGCCUUGAUUCUUUCGACGACAUUCUGUGGUAGCUUACAAAACGGGAGGGAAGCAUAAAUUGGGGGCGAUUCCGUUGCACGAUUUCCAUUGGCAAAUAAUCUAAUGACGCUUGUUCCUUGUGCACCAGUCCCGUGUCCCUAUUUCGUUCGCGAGGUGUGACAAUGGCGCUCACUCCCUGA